AUGGCUGUUCGUUUCAGUGAUGAUAUUAGUCGUUCGUCAUUUCCAAUGCAUUUUGGUCACCAAACGAAAUUUGUCGAUGCCGCGUAUACGCCAUUGAAAAUGAUCAAAUUAUGUAUUGAACAACAAGUGAAUGCAUCAUUUCCACUCAUACAUCAAGUGGCAACAACAAUGGUAUUUAGGAAUGAUUAUAAUCGAGUAUUAGAAGGAGCCCUAGAAUUUACUCUACCUACAACAGCUACAAUUUGCGGAUUUGGGCUUGAUGUUGACGGUGUUAUCGUUGAUGGUGUUGUUGUUGAAAAAGAUAAAGUUCGUAUUACAUUUGAAAAAGAAGUUCGAAAAGGUGUCGAUCCUGGUUUAGUUGAAAUGGUUCAAGGAAAUGUAUUUCGUACGAGAGUCUAUCCAAUACAACCUGGAGGCAUACGUGUUGUACGUGUCAUUUAUCAAGAUCUAUCUCAAAUCGAAAAUGAUUGCUUUCUAUUUCAUAUUCCUAUUUACUUCACUACUACUCUCAAAAAUUUGGAUAUUUCACUGAUUUGUACACGUACACCAAGCGAUUGUUAUCCACAAUUUCUUUCAAAUGGUAAGUUUAAACAACCAUUUGUCAAUUUACAUGGAACAUAUUGUUCAACAUUGCACGAAGUCGAUGUUAAACCAUCAACAUGUGAACAGUCUAUUACUUACAUGAUAAACUAUCUCAUGCGAGGACGGCCGAUUCAUAGCAUAGAAAUCGACCCCGACGAUCGUACCAAAGCUUAUUUCGCUCUAUUCUACAUACCACCAUUAGCACCAUCGAAUAAUGUCGUAGUCGAUUGUCGGAAAACAAUGUCGCUUUGCAUACUUUGGGAUGCUAGUUUAAGUCGAGCCAACAUUGAAUAUCGUCAACAUGAAAUGAAUAUACUAAAGAGUAUAUUAAAAGUUUGGAAAUCAAAUUAUAUUGAUGUGAGCAUAACUGUAAUUGUAUUUCGAAACGUACUUGAACAUCGAAGUACAUUUCAUUUGUAUGAUAACGAUUGUUGGCCGAAACUGAGUCAGUUGUUAAUUAGUUUAUCAUAUGAUGGCGCAACAAAUUUAUUUCAACUAGCAACAGUCUCAAGUAGUAUUUCCAAUAUUACACACUAUUUUUUAUUUAGCGAUUGCCUAUCGACAAUUGGUAGUGAUGAUCCAACACAAUUAAAUCAUUUGACGGCCAGACCAAUCUGGAUAUUUAAUGCAAAUACUCCACACGAACCGGCAAAUUUCUCAUUGAUUAACUAUUUAACCAAUGUAAGUGGUGGUGGAUAUAUUUCACGUGAAAAAAUUUUAGCUCAAAAUAGUGCAAAUCAUAUCAUUCGUUGGAUUGAUUACAAGUCACAACGAAGAUAUCUUAGAACAGAUACUCUCAAUAAUGCAAAUGUUCAUGAUAUUUAUCCGAGCCAUUCAAUUACGUUAGAACCAAACGCAGAACGAUUUAUACUCGUUGGGAAAAUGUCAUCAGCAGUUUCAGCUAAAAUUGCCGUCAAUUUUCUUAUUUCAAAUGAACUACAUCGUAAAGAAGUGACGAUAGAUAGAGUUGAUUCAACAUAUGACAACUACGGAUUAUUGCGUCGAUUAUAUGCCAAACAAAUGUUGAAUGAAUUAACUGCGUUCCCGAAAAUAAAUAAGAGGCAUAUUUUAGAUAUUGGUAUGAAAUAUUCCAUUGUAAGUGAUUUUACAUCGAUAAUCGUGCUAGAAACAUUACAACAACACAUUGAAUAUAAUAUAUGUCCACAUCCAUCGCGAACAACAUUAUACAAUCAUUAUAUGAACUAUCAGCAUAAUAAAAAACAAAUAGAGUUGAAAAACAAGGAAACAAAAUUGGCAACUCUUUUGAAUUUAUGGUACGCACGUUGCACAUGGUAUGAUAAAGCGGUAGGCGACAAAGACCAUGUAAAUACUGCAUUUCAAAGGAACACUCAUUUUCCAAGGGAUCCAGAAUUUAAUGUAUCGAGACAAUUAUUAACAAAAUCACGGGAUAGACUAAACCAGAUACAUUAUCACUCAACGAGCUACAAUAUGGAAUGCGGCUCAUCAAAUUCCAUGCAGCACGAAAUGGCUUCUUUAACAUACGGCAUGCCAAGUAUUCCUUUGAAUGUGAUUUGUGAAAACGAUAUUACUAGUCGGCCAAAACGUAGUGCCUCUUCUGAUUGCAUCCCCGACCGAUCAAACGACUCAAACCGAAGUGGUCACGAUCGUAGACUUGCUCCUGAUAGUAAUCAAACGGUUACUCUUCAGAAAUGGGACCCACAAACGCCAUAUAUGAAGAAAAUUAAAGCAAGUAGAAACAUAGAAACAGCUUAUCAGACCUAUCUAAAUGAGCGUCAAUCAUAUUUGAAAUCGCCAUCAUUCUAUUUUGAUGUAGCAUCCUAUUUUUUCUCACAAGCUCGUUUUUUGAUAUCGAAACAAUCAUCCAUUGAUAGAUUGAAUCAAAAUCAUGCGCUGUCUAUGUUUGGCAUUCACUCAUUUUCAAAUGAAAUUUGUAGUUCCGAUGUAAACAACUAUGAAUCAUUCGGUUUACGCAUUUUAACAAAUGUAUUAGAGCUAGAUUUAGAAUCACCACAAUUGUUACGAGCUGUUGCUUAUAAACUUGUUGAACUUGGUCUUCUCGAUGCGGCUGAGAAUAUUGUUCGACUCAUCACAACUCUAAGACCGGACGAGCCACAAUCAUUUCGAGAUCUAGCAUUAUUAUUGCGAGAAUCAAAUGCUCCUGACAGGAACAUGACAGAAAUAUCAGAUCUAUUCAAGAAAGUUAUAUGUGGCGAAUGGGAUCAUUGUUAUGCUGAAAUCGAAGUUACAACAUUACAUGAAUUCAAUUGGUUUAUAUUUGAAUUCAAUCAACAAAAACAAAUAUCGAAAUUAUUUGAUCAUCGUCUCGUACGUCAUUUACCUGUUGACUUGAGAAUCGUUUUAGUCUGGGACACUAAUGAUACAGAUGUUGAUUUACAUAUCAUUGAACCUACCGGUGAAGAAUGUUAUUAUGGUAAUAAAAAUACAGCGAUUGGUGGUAUGUUAAGUCGUGAUUUUACAACUGGUUAUGGGCCAGAAGAAUAUCUAAUUCGAAAAGCCGUCACCGGUACGUAUAUAGUUCGAACACAAUGUUUUGCUAAUCAUGAACAAAAUUUAACUGGUGCAACAACAAUAAUGGUACAUAUUUAUAAGUAUUAUGGCCAAUCAAAUCAACAAAAAGAAAUUGUCACACUACGAUUGAAUAGUAAUCAGGAGAUGAGAGAUGUAUGCGAAGUUGUUUUCAAUGACGAUAGGAAACUAAAGUCAGAAAAUCAAAUAAAAAAUGAUCAGAAUUCGAAUAUGAAGAUCCAUCAACAGGUUAUUUGUGAUGGAUGUGGUAUGUUGCCGAUAAUUGGAGAUCGUUAUACAUGUUUAUUUUGUUCAAAUAUUGACUUUUGCCAAUCAUGUCAUUCUGCUAGUAGAACAAAUCAUGAUACAAAUCAUCACUACAAUCAUCCAUUGCUAUGCAUCAAAGAUUCGCGUACAUAUCCAAAGUCGCUUUACCUUCAUAGCCGACGUAAAAAAAUGCAUCAAGAUAUUCAAUGUGAUUCAUGUUUCAUGAAACCGAUUGUAGGCAUUCGCUAUAAAUGUAUUUGUGGAAUAAGGUUAUGUGAGAAAUGUGAAGUUGCUGGUUUGCACACGAAAAAUCAUCAUCGCGCCAAAAUAGUUGAACCGGAAUAA